GACGUUAUUCUGGGAAAAACAGCGAACGAUAAUGUGUUCACUCGGCUGCGGCACUAAAGUCACCUGAUAACUCUCGAAAAGGGCGUUUAUUUCAUCGCUAUUUGGACGGGAGUUGGUGUAGAAAAAUACGAGUUUAUCUUUUUGGAAAGUUUUGAAAAACGCGGAGCUAACAUACCCCUCCCGCCAGUUUUGCCUUGUGAGGAUGGCAGGCUUACCGGAGCUGGCUCUCAUCCUGCUGUCCGUGCUCCAGCUGGUCUGCUCCAGAGUCCUGUACAGACACCCUGACGAAAGUCCAGUGUUGGUGGAUGGGCGUACUGCAGCCUCUUUCCUGUCACGCUCGCUGCUGUACAACAGCUGGGACUUUGAGCUGGUGCGGCCUGACAGCCUGGAGAGGGAAUGCAAGGAGGAGAUGUGCAGCUAUGAGGAGGCCAGGGAGGUGUUUGAGGACACAUCCCUGACGGAUUCGUUUUGGGCCUCUUAUGUCAGCAGUCACGAGUCGGUGCCCAGAGUGGAUGUGUCAGCGCUGGUGGCAGGGCUGCUGGCACUCCUAGUGACUGCUGUUAUUGCUACCGUGCUUGGAAUCUACUGCUACAAAUCCCAGAACAAGAGGGGACGGGGCCCAGCCAACGCUCCAGUGAGGAUAGUGGGUGACGGGCCUCGAGGUACAGAGAUGGUGCCACUGUCUGGGGUUGUCGCUCCAGGUCUGCCCACCUACAACGAGGCCCUGAACCACAGUGGGCAGCAUGAUGCCCCGCCACCACCUUACUCUGGGGGGGCACCAUCAGAGGCUCCUGAUCCACCUGAUAAUGAAUGAGGAGAGAAGCAGAACAGUUUAAUUAUUGUGUAUUGGUUGUAGUUGUUUAGAGUUUAGUUUUAAAUAGUGUUUUGUAUAUUUAUGAGUGGAACCAUGAUGCAAUCCCAGAAUUUACAAUUUCAAAAACUGUUCUGCAUGUUUGUCGGUGGUUUGUCUAUAAAUGUGAUGCUUUUUACUCAGGAGGGGCAUUAGGGAGUGCAUGUUAAUAUGGCAGUGGCACCACCCCAUCUGAAGGCUGAAUAGGCCUUGUUAAAGCCAUUGAAGUGAUCACAAUAAACUGUGUUAAUAUAUGUCAAGAGGCUACUUUUUUCAAGAUGCAGUUAAAACAUUUGAAUUAAAUUGCUUUUUUCAA